AUGAUGGACAGAGUGCCUUUAAAGUCCAAUGCAUUAACCACGUCUGUCAUGAUGUGUGAAGUCUGUCAAGAUCAGAGACAGAAACAAAGAUUUUAUUCUCAUAACUUCAAUAUUUCUCUCACACCGCUGAUUGUUUGGGCCGGCUGUUGUUGCUCCCUCUCCUGCCAGUUGAACAACAUCACCUCUCGCCCCGCCGCUGCCAACCAGGACCGGAGCGCCGCGCCGCGCAUCGCCGCGCCGCUCCAGCCAAUCGCCGUUCAAGGAUUCCUCCAAAAGGACAGGCCACCUUGGGUCUACCUGCUCAUCAGCCGCGCUCGAAUCUACGUGUUUGCUUCUCCUACCGCUCCGUCAUUCAGUCAGCUGGUUUCAGUUGCCUCCCCUCCUCCGAUCGUCUUUCUCCUCUUUCAAGGCCCAAGUCCAGGAAAUGUCCCUCGCCUGCCGGCUGCGCUCCCGUUGACUUCCAGCUACUCCUCACCGAUCAUCAUCACGCCUCCCUUCGGCCUCCAUCGGCGGGGGCAAAGCUGGAAUUUUCCCGUCUUUCCCUCAUUCAUGUCGCAGGCGUCCUCCGAUAUCCGCCCGGUUCCCCGCUCCGGCUCACCAUCGUCGGCUGCUGCGGCUCCACCGACGCUGUUCCCUGCAGCCAAGCGCUGGCUGUGUCCACGAUCCGCCGCGGUUCCACCGACGCUGUUCGGCUCUUCCUGCUCUUGUCCCAUCGUGGACUCGAUCCGUUGCCUGAACGUCUCUCCCAGUUCACCGCCAUCAGACCCACUUCCGCGUAUCUUCUUCUUCUUCUUUGUGAUUUUUAGAGGCGGGUGACAUCUAACGUUAAGCUGUAUUAUCGCCAUCUACUGUGGACCGGAGCAUCUCCCCCAAUAUAAAUUCUUACAUAUAAUCCUGUUACCUUCAAAAAUGUAAUAACCGCUUUAUUUAUUUUAUGUUUAAUUAAUAUCUUAUUAAGUUUUAAUGUCUCUAUAUCAUAUUUCCUAAUUUCUUGUUUUAGCUUCUCUCUACUUGCUGUAUAUUUUCCACAAUGAAUUAUUACAUGUUCUACUGUUUCCAUAUCCAUACCAUACUCACAUCUACCUGCUGGAUGUUUACCCAUCAAAUGUAAAGUUUUAUUUAAUCCAGUAUGUCCAAGGCGCGAUCUUGUCAUUACUAUUUGCUCUUUUCGAUUUUCUCCUAUUAUUUCCAUGUUCCCUACUUUCCGUAUAUGAAACAAAUGACGACCUUUAGUUCCUUCUUCCCACAAUUGUUGCCAUUCAGAUUCAAUUUUGCUCUUAAUAAUUGAUUUUAUCUCAGACUUACAAUACGUUAUGUCCAUAAUUAUACUUUGUUUUAAGGACACCUUAGCUAAAUGAUCUGCCUUUUCAUUUUCUUCUAUAUCUUUAUGAGCUGGUAUCCACAUAAACCUAAUCUCACUUCCGCGUAUCUCGGCUCGCAGCUCUUCAGUCCCAUCAACAGGUGUUAUGCCGUUAUCGCUCUAAACUAUCG